AUGAGUCACGACGGACUUGGCCAACGAACCGUUCUGUUCUCUGAUGGGGCAAAAGUCUAUCCUUCUUUGUGUGAAAAGAUGCAGGUAAAACACUUUGCUUGUUCUCACCGAUCCGGUCAGUUUUGUCACACGGUGAAGUUCAAGAGAAAGACUCUGAAAGUUCAUACGGGCACGAUUGAUGGAGUUUGGUCUUUGUUGAAAAAAGCUUUGCCCAAGCAGAUCAGAACCACGGACGUCACCGAUAAGACAAAGAUCAAUCAGAAGAUCUGGCGUCACGCAAGGGCGUGGCAGUGGCGAUGGGAACAUGCCAAGCAUGAUUCCCUGGCCACACUUACUGCGAAAACGCUGCGAGGCAUGUGA